AUGCAUGGAAGUGUAGAUGAAGUAUGCGCAGCUUUGGACAAAUUUACGCUGCAAAGCUUAGAGUUGAUGGAAGAGAAAGUGUCUGUGACGCUGCAGAUUGAAGAAAUGUUAAGAGAUGGUCACAUUGAAUUAGCAAAGUCCCGAUACAUUCGGGGUAUGGAAAACAUUGGAAUGCUACAAGUACCUACUGAAGCAGGCCAGUUUGAAUCACUGUUCAAGGUUCAAAAAGAACUGAACGAGGAAAGUAUUCCACAGUUUGAUGUAAUUAAUAGAAAAUAUAAUGAUGAAGGUAGAGAAAUUCCAGAUCCAAUUAAGUGGUUCGGAGUUCUUGUUCCACAAAACCUGCGCAACGCACAAAAACGCUUUCAAGCAGUUGCGCAGCUGAGUGGUAAGUGCGGUAAUAUUCGUACAGAAAUUAUAUCUACCACGGAAAAACUAGACGAGUUGAAACGCAUUAAAAAAAAUAUGUGCAAAUGAGAUGAAGAGUUUAUACAUUUGUACAGAUAUUACAUUGUGAAGUAAUAAAUAAACCUGAUAUUACACCAAUAACCUGAAUAACAUACACCACGUGGUUCCUGCGUUGAACUACUUAAAAAAAAUAGCCCAGCUCAAGAAGUUUCUAGCUAUAAGAAAAUAAAAUCGAACCAUACAAUCAAAUAUACAAAUUAUAAUACGUAUACUUUAUUAUAAAUACUGUUUCGUUUUUCGUAAAGUAUACCUGUGUUAAUAAUCGAAGUAAAAAUUUGAAUGCAAUACACUAUUUAAAUUUUGAUGGUUCUUAAAAUGGUUAGUAAAAUAAGAAAUUGAGCAAUAUGCGUGAAUUAUAAUGUGUGUAUGGAAUUUUUAUGAUUCUGCAUGAUACUGGACGUAAUAAAUUACAUUGAAGUAAUGAAUUAAUUUACACAUCGCAACAAUAAGUAGUUUACAAAUACCUGGACAGUCGUAUCAAUUAAAGAUAAUAUAUCAUUUUUGUAAUAUGAUACAGAUAAUCUCAAGAAACAAAAAGUAAAUAGAAUCAUGCCAAUAAGAUUAUCUAAAUUUAUGGUCAGUGAUGAUGUCCUGUUGUAAUCAGAGCUGGUAAUAAUGAGCCAACUACGAGAGCCAAUAACUCUUUGGAUUUGAGUCCUCCCACUGGGAUCGAUCCACCCUCUGUAGUUGGUAAAUGCGAAUGGGUAGAACUUCCUCUCACCAUUAAU